UAAACUAAUACGGCUCAGUCGCCGAAAUUAAUCAAUGUGGAAAGUCUGUAUAGUUUUCUAUUUCACGACUUAGUUUUUCAUGGUUCAAUCUCGUAGUUCGUGAAUGACUUUUAGUCAAUUGUACAGGACCAAGAAAUUAUAUAAUUAAAAUAUGGCUGAAGAAAAAUCUAAAGGUCGUCCGAUGAGAUUUCCAUAUACAUUUGCCGCUCAAGUAGCUCAAUUUCCAUAUCGACAUUAUUUGAAACAUAGUUGGUUAAUGAGAUACUGGUUAAUUGCUAUUGUUGUCGCUUCACCAUUAUUUAUGAAAUUACAACAAUUAUCCUACUCAGAAGAAAAUGUUAAAAUAUGGGCUGAAAAGAGAAAGAAGGAAUUUGAAGGGCAUGGUCAUUAAGAAAAACUUCAAUUAGUAUACAAAAUGUUGUAACAUAAAAUACAUAAGUAAAAAUGAAUAAAUAUGUACUCAUAUGAUCCGUA